AUGACCCACCAAUGCACCAAGUUCUCCGGCCACUGGAAGAUGAUCGUGUUCGAUGAGGAGUGCUUCCAGGGCCGCCGCCACGAGUUCACGUCCGAGUGCAGCAACGUCAUGGAGUUUGGGUUCGAGAGCGUGCGCUCCUUGAGGGUCGAGAGCGGCGCCUGGGUGGGCUAUGAACACGCCGCCUACCAAGGGCAGCAGUUUGUGCUGGAGAGGGGCGACUACCCCCAGUGCGACGCCUUCGGAGGCAGCAACGCGUACCACGUUGAGAGGCUCACCUCCUUCAGGCCCAUCUCCUGCGCCAACCACAGGGAGUGUCGCAUGACCAUCUUCGAGAAGGAGAACUUCCUGGGCUGCAAGGGCGAGAUCAGCGAUGACUACCCCUCCCUGCAGGCCAUGGGCUGGGGCAACAAUGAAGUGGGUUCCCUGCGCGUCCACGCGGGGGCCUUCGUGUGCUACCAGUACCCCGGAUACCGCGGUUACCAGUACAUCAUGGAGUGCGACCGCCACUGCGGGGACUACAAGCACUUCAGAGAGUUCGGCUCCCACUCCCAGACCCCCCAGAUCCAGUCCAUCCGUCGUAUCCAGCAGUAG